GAACGAUAACGUUGCGCAUUACUUUCGCGUGCCUGGACAAGAAAGAAAUUUGAAAAAUCAAGUGCACGCAACGAUAAGCGGAAAAGCGCUCCAUCUUCCUUCUCUUCGGUUUCCGUGACUCAGUUUUUAAAAGCCCCGCGCGUGUUCGAAGGGGGAAAAUGUCGCGACGAAAGUGAAGACUCCGCGUAAGUACUUUCUUGCUCCCUCCUUUUCUUCGUCUUUCCUGCUACAUUAUUUAUCGUUUCCUCUCUCUCUCUCUCUCUCGACUUCUAUCCCAUUUCUCCCUCGCACCUCUACUCCGUUCCUCCUCGUACUUCUUCUCCCUCUCCCCAUCUUUUUCGCUCUCUCCUUCUCUCUUCUUCGUACCGACGUCGUCUCGUGGGGUCAGUGUCUGCUCGAUCGGAUCCUGAGCAGGAACAUACCGGCGGACGAGGAGGAAGAGGAGGAGGAGAGGAGGAAGAUCUCUUUCCCUCGGCGCGACUCUACCUCGGAGACUGCAACCGUUUGUGACGCGCGUUCGCGCUCGCGCACCACGUCCUUCAAGGAUCAUCAUUUUCGGAGCGCUCCGUUUUUCGCGCCACGCGGUACGCGGCGGCAGAAAUGUGACGAUGUGACCCGACACGUCGACGGCAACGCAUAUCGCGAGGCACCGUCGCGGAAUCGACAGCGAGCAGAUCGAUUAUUGGCGCCGAUUCGACGCGCGGCUGUCGCCCCAGGAAAUUCUCUCGCUCGCACUUUAUCACUGUCCCUCCUCGCGUAGUAUCACUUGCCUUUUUUUUUUUCGCUCAUUCCCCUCCCCUCCCGCCUCCUCUUUCUCGGCUAUAUCAUUCCUCGUCCCUCUUCCUCUCACGCGUGCUCUCGCACGCGCUUUUUCCAUCCACUACUUCUGCUGUUCUGCCUGCCUCUUCCUAUCUCGCACUUUGCCGCCGCAGCCUCGCUCGCUUCGCGCCGCGUAUUUUCUCGCGAGCGAAUGCGAGGAAAAGGAGAAUCAGCGGGCGAUUGAUACACCGCGCCGCGCGCGAAAGAGACACGCCACUUUGGAGAGAACGAGAUCGGACUAGCUGUGAGUUUGUGUUUUUGUUUAUCACGGACCAACUGUACCGGUAUAACUACACGCUGCACUGCACUGCUGCGCGAGAGGAAGUUGCAAGUGGACGCUCAUCGGAAGGACGAUUCGUCACUGGAGGCGUUCGAGAAAAAUCAUUACAUCGUUCAGGAGUCGUGGCCUUCUAUUUGACGAGAACAGAACAAAUUUUGUAGCUUGAACUGAGAACUCUGUACUGUUUGGAUUUGUGCGAAGAUUACUGAUCUUGGAAAUUUCUUCGAGGAGAAAAGGAAGAAAAGGAAGUCUUUGAAGAAGAGGCGCAUAAGAACCCGAAGAAAUAAAAGGCGGAGAUAAACGAUGGACCAUGAGGAAACGUGGUGCCGGCUGGUUGUAGACGAACGGUCGGCCACGCUUGCACCCCAUCGUCGCUCGUCGUUGUUGACAAGUUCCCGGUACGUCCAAUUCCGAAGCAAGCGGCAGGUGUCGCAUAUAACAGCAGACGCGAGUUCGAUAGGUGCGAUAAUCGGGGGUGGCUCGGUUGUUGCCGCCGCCGGGCCGGCGAUGCGACGAUGAGCUCGCCGAGGGUGUUGCUACCCCUCCACACCCGACCAAAGCCCCGUGUAAUAGCAAGGCCGGGUAGUCUCGAAAACUGCAUCAACCAGGCCGAGCGACGAGGUGCGGCAGGCGGUUCAAGGCCGAAACUAUCCGCGUGGCCAUGGACCACGAGACGAGGAACGGAACCGGCAGCAACGACAACGAGGAGUACACCAAUAUUUACUUCAUCGUCGGCGACCGCAGGGAAACGGCCACUUAUAAGGCGAACCAGGUCACGGACAUGGAACUCAAGGAACUCUUUAGAAGCGCGGCAGAGGCUGGUCCUCUGGACAUCGUAAAGCUUCGCAAGGGGGACAAACUACUCAAUAUUUCAACUCAUCUACCGGCGAACACGCCCGACACGCCUUAUGUUCUUCAGAUCGUCGGCGCUCAUCCCGCUUCUUCUGGGGUGAUCGAGGCGGAGGUACUUUGGGCUUUAGAGAGGCGCGUGGCGGCUUUAGAGCGGCAACUACGAGAACAUCAGGAAGCUUUAUACGCCACACCCUCUCUCGCUCUACGAGAACUCAAACGCCAAGUGGACAGUUUCAAGAACAAAUUGGAGAACAAUGAUCAGCUGAGCUGGCUUAGUUUCUACAAGCUUCCGGAGCCCAUCUAUAUGGAAUCCUGCCGCAGAUUGCAGUAUCGUCGGAAGAGUGAUAGCAUGAAGCGAAAAGUUCGGGAGAAGUUCCUCAAUAUCUGCGACGUGACGGUUUCGUCGAACGUUCGCGAGUGGUUACGCUCGCCGGCCUUCGACGCGCGACAGUGGGAAGACGAGGAGUUGCUGUUGAUGCUGCAGACGAUGUUUGUCGAGCUCGACCUACCUCAAAAAUUCAACAUUCCCUUGCCGAUUCUGAGGAACUUCCUGUACGAAGUCUACAAUAAUUACAACGAGGUGCCAUUUCACAAUUUCAGGCACUGCUUCUGCGUGGCGCAAAUGAUGUACGCGAUAGCGUGGGCGGUGGAUCUUCCGUCGAAAAUCGGUGACCUCGAGGUCCUCAUACUGAUUGUCUCCUGUAUUUGCCAUGAUCUCGACCAUCCGGGCUACAAUAAUAUCUACCAAAUAAACGCGCGGACCGAGCUGGCGUUACGCUACAACGAUAUCUCGCCCCUGGAGAAUCAUCAUUGCUCUGUGGCAUUCCGGGUCUUGGAGGCGCCCGAGUGCAACAUCCUCGCAUCCUUGGACAACCCUACGUAUAGAAUAGUUCGUGAGGGCAUCAUAAGAUGUAUCCUAGCGACCGACAUGGCCCGGCACAACGAGAUCCUCGGCCAGUUCACCGACAUUACUCCUGAAUUCGAUUACACCAGCAAGGCGCACAUAAAUUUGUUGUCCAUGAUCUUGAUCAAGGUGGCUGAUAUAAGCAACGAGGCACGACCGAUGGAAGUCGCGGAACCGUGGCUGGAUAGAUUGCUUCAAGAGUUCUUCAAGCAGAGCGACGCAGAGAAACUCGAGGGUCUUCCGGUCACGCCCUUCAUGGAUCGCGAUAAAGUGACCAAGCCGUCCUCCCAAGUUAGCUUCAUCGGCCUAGUUCUCCUCCCUCUCUUUGAAGCUCUCGGCGAACUUCUACCCGAGUUGCAGGAUCUCAUAGUUCAACCGGUCAGGGAAGCUCUGGAGUAUUAUCGAAGACUGAAUGAAGCAGCCAAAGAUGAGCGCCAUCAUCGGAGGAGCGUCGUCGACGUCGGGGAAUCGGCGCUAUCCAACAUGACAACCGCUACCGGUAGUUCAUCCACCGUUAUCAAGUCUACAUCGUCGCAUAGCAUGCGCUCAAAAAGAUCCGCCACGACAAUUCAUUCACGUUCGCGUUCCACCGAUGAUGAUAUCACAGAAAAUUUGACGAUGGAGGAGGCGGAAAAUGUUGAGAGCUCGGAUCCGGAGACUGCCACGGAGGUAGAGAUCAGCGAAAAGACGCUAAAGUUCAAAAUUUCUACGGAGGGCACACUGACCGGCCCGACGUCCGGUCGGAAGAGCUAUCCUGGCAGUCGAAAGGGCAGCCGGGAAAAGUCUUCGUUGGAUUAUCACCAUCACGACUUGGCCAAAGCUGUUCGUGAUCAUGAUUACGAAAGGAGACGUUGCAAGGGCGAAAAUCUUGGCAGUGACCUGAGCUCGCCGGUGAGCGCAAGGUCUGCCGAGGGCACGCGGAUCCUUGAGGAAAUGGAGAAGGACACGAUUAUUUCAGACGCCAAGAUUGAAAACAAGACGUCUGAGGGAAACGGUAAUGUCGUCGCGGUGGAGGCCCGCUCGCAGCCGAAGAACAAUGUAAGGAAAACCAGCAAUGUCAUAGAGAACGAUCAAGAAAACAGAUCAAGCCGCAGGGAUGCUCACAGUAGUCGAGAAUCGAUCGGUUUGCGAUGUUGCUGCGACGACCGAACUGGGCCGAAUAACAAGUCUCUAUUCUCACGACUGAGGAACUUUACGGACCGUCUUAGCAUGAGCUUUGACUCAAAGGACUCGCCUAGUCCAAAACCGAAGCAUACUUCGAAGAUGCUCAAUAAGAGUAACUCGAUUAGUAGUGGUUCGGCCACGACUACCUCGUCAAGGUAUAACAACUCGUUGUUUAUUUGCAAACGCUGCAACUUGAUUAAGUCGUCAGUAAAACACGGCAACAAGGCAGCCAUCGCAACCGUGGUGGAGUUAUCGCCAGUGGACAAACGAGCGAUGACUCUGCCAAAGGUUCGAAAGUCCACGGAUAGUAAGAAUAAGAGCUGGCGAACGGUAUUCGCCAAGGAGAAGAGAUCGUCCACUUCUUUGGAAGCUUUACCGGCAGCCGGUUCUGGCUCCCGUUCGUUUUCCAAGCACCGCAGAAACUUGUCAAACCCCGAGGGCAAGUCGCAAAGCUUGAAGGAAACGAAGACUCGACAAAUUCUGGACAUCGAGUUUCGUGAAAUAGACGUUCGUUCGAAGAAUCAACAACCUGAAAUUAUAGUCAAUCCAGACGAUACCUGCUGCGAUAUCGAAGAAGAUCUCGGUAAGGUAGAAAUCAGAAGAAGUUCGGCCAGCAUGGAAGAUAUCUCCAAAAUGGCGAAACAGGCAGCGGAAGCUGCUGUAUUAGGCGUGUUAGACCCUAAAAAGGCGGAGGAGCGUCCUCACACCGGUAGUUUAGACUCGAUGCUCUGUAAAGAGGUGUCUAAGUCACGAAAGAAGCAUUCCGCAUUCUGCUCGCCCGCGACGACGAAAAAAUCGUCACCUGGACUAUUUUCACGAUUUAAAUCUGGCAUGAGCAUCGAUAGCACUCGGAGCAAUAGCAACAGCGAUUCCUUGCAUGAUCACGGCUCACAAAGCGGUUGGAUAUCCUCAUUGACAGCUAGCUUCCGGCCGAAAAGACAUCCGAACGAAACGCCGCUGUCACCGCAUCCACCGAGGUCGCCCAGCAGAGAGGAGAUCAAGUGAUACGUUCUGGUGGUCGAGGAUUCCUCUGACAAGAAACUCAGCCUCCGCGGCUGGUGGCCUGAGAACUUGUUCUGCUGCAAUAGCUAAGAAUCGAGCGAGAAAGUUGAAUGUCUAAAGAGGCUAAUUUAGACCAAGAAAUUUCCGGGAAUCUUGUCUUCAUAUUCGUAAAAAAAAAAGAAACGAAUAAAAUGAUUUCUAAAAGAUUUUUUAAGACGUUUAAAUUUUCUAAUGCAGAAAUUAUCUCGCGUAUUUCUCUCUCAUUGCGAUAUUAAUUGUUAAUAGAUUAAUAAUUGCGGUGGAAAAAUCUCUAAUCGAGUGCGUCAACUAUAUUCUAUUUUGCGAAACAAAAUGUACCAUAAAUUCUUGUGAGUAAUUCACAAUAUUGCAGCGCACGAUGCAUUUGUAAUAUACGAAUUAAAUAAUACGAAUUAAAUAAAUGUUUCUCUAUGUAUGAUAUUGAAAACGGUCAAUUUGAAUGAACGUAUUUGUUCGAGCAUGCCAUUUACCGAGAAAAUAUUUUAUAUAUAUAUACAUAUAUAUAAAAUAUAUGAUUACCGCAAUUGAAUUAAAUUAAUCUUGCAGAGGAAUCCUCAGACCAUUAUUUCGUGUUAUCGACUUUGAGUGUUUUACGUCAUGACGAUUGCAAAAAUUGAGAUACAUUUAUUGUGAAGGGCAUCUACGGCCUGUGGAAUACAAGGAGAAUGUAUGCUAUAUACAUAAACUAUUUUAUUUAUUGUUCAAUUAAAGAGUAGCCUAAUGCGUAAUCAUUAAUGUUGUUCGUUACUAUACGUAUAUAAAUAUAGGUAAAGUGCAGAUGUAUACAAAGACAUAAGGAUAUACAUAUAUCCAUCGUGCAUAAAAAAAAAUAUAUAUAAAUCUAUAAUAUACACGAGCAAGUGGAUAAUUAAACGGAAAAGAAGAGGAAGAAGACAAACAAGUAGAUAUGUAAACGUGGCUCUGUCGUAUCGAUGUACGAUUAAGUUUCACGAACUGUGUAAUCAAGGAUGUAAGGAUAAGAGAGUAUUCUCUGACUGUUUCUAGAAUAUUUUGAAAAUAAUCGCGUGUUUUUAGGCAAAAUAUUCUCAAAAUUCUCGGACAAUAUUCUCAAAAUGGAGAUAUUACUGUUUUCCGAAAGCACGUGAUUAUUCCGAUUCUGAAAAAAGAGACAUAUAUACACAUAUAUUCUCGAAUUCUACAAUAUUCUUAGAUUAUUUUCAUUCUCGCAAAGACUUCACCUCACCUAAAAUUAGCAGUUGCCACGGUGAAAAGAGAAAAUGAGAUAGAUUUGUCGGAAUAAUUAUUGCACUGUUUGUCGAGAUUCACGCGGUGAAAAAUCUCGUCGUCGAUUCUGUACAGAAAGAAAAUCCCUUAGAAAAAUUAUGACUUCCAGAGUAUCAGAUUGCUUCUUGUUCUGAUGAAGUUAACUGCAAUGUUGGCAUUUAAUGAUGUCUCAAGACACGGAAAUAACCCGUAAAUCGUAAAACUUCCUCGAAUUUAGUUAGAUAUAAAUUUGAAAAUAAUUUUGUUAG